CACUCCACUGUCCACUGUCCACUCCCCCCUGCCGAAACGGCAAACCACCCAACCCAACAAAUGAUCCGCCCACUCUCCCUCCCCCUCCGCCUCCACUGUCCCGCCCCCGCACGCCUCUCAUCGCGCCCGCCGCCACCUCCCCCACCCCAAGCCCAAGGUACACGGGGCCGUCUUCACCGCGCGCACGGCAGGCCGCAGAGGCACCACCGCCGCCCCCGCUCCUCCUCCUCCAGCGCCGGCGCCAGCCACUCCGCUCCGGAGAUGGACCCCCUCGCGCGCAAGGAUCUGUACCCGCAGGUCGAGCCCUUCGACACCGGCCGCCUCAGGGUCUCCGACGUCCACACCAUCUACUACGAGCAGUCCGGGAACCCCGGUGGUCAGCCCGUCGUCUUCCUCCACGGGGGCCCUGGGGCCGGCACGUCGCCCGGCAACCGCAGAUUCUUCGACCCGCAGUUCUACAGGAUCGUGCUGUUUGACCAGAGAGGCGCCGGCAAGAGCACUCCACAUGCCUGUCUACAUGAGAACACCACCUGGGACCUCGUGGCUGACAUUGAGAAGCUCAGGCAGCACCUCGACAUUCCAGAGUGGCAGGUGUUUGGCGGUUCAUGGGGAAGCACCUUAGCCCUUGCCUACAGCCAGACUCACCCUGAUAAGGUCACUGGCAUUGUUUUAAGAGGCAUUUUCUUGCUUAGGAAAAAAGAGCUUGACUGGUUCUACGAGGGCGGUGCGGCAGCUAUUUUCCCAGAUGCAUGGGAACCAUUUAGAGAUUUUAUUCCUGAGGACGAAAGGAAUUGUUUCAUAGCUGCUUACAGCAAAAGGCUAACUUCUUCUGAUGCUGAUGUCCAGAUCGAAGCUGCUAAGAGAUGGACAAUGUGGGAGAUGAUGACUGCACAUCUUAUUCAAAAUCAUGAGAACAUCAAACGAGGGGAGGAUGACAAAUUUUCAUUGGCAUUUGCAAGGAUUGAAAAUCACUACUUCAUUAACAAGGGAUUCUUAGAUUCGGAUUCACACUUAUUGGACAACAUCGACAAGAUUCGUCACAUUAAAGCUUUUAUUGUACAGGGGCGGUAUGAUAUGUGCUGUCCUAUGAUGUCUGCUUGGGAUCUUCAUAAAGCUUGGCCUGAAGCUGAGUUUAAGGUGGUUCCAGAUGCAGGACACUCAGCCAAUGAAGUUGGCAUCUCUGCGGAACUGGUAUCAGCUAACGAAAAGCUGAAAAGCAUGUUGAGGAAAUGAGCAGCCUAACUCCAUAGCGGGCACGGAGCCUCUGGCAAGGCUCAGUUUUAUUAAAUUGAGGCUACUUUGCAGAAUAAAAACUACUUCUAGCUAUCCUACCCUGGUCUGUAUGUGUCAAACAGUUCCCCGUUCAAUCAAAGUUGGCUGUCGCAAUUUUGUGGCUUA